AUGCCGUCCCCAUGCAGCAGACCCCGGUUUAGACAAAAGAAGCAGCCGCAACAAACUGAAACAUUGACCCCCCCUACGGAAAUGUCCCUACCGUCACAACGCAAAUUCAACUUGAAUGCCAACAAGGCAAAUCCCGCGUCGUCAAACAGCUGGAAGAGACAGGAGUUCAAGCAGGAUCCUCUGAACGAACUUACUAUCCGUCCUGGUGCGGAACAAUCCCGAAACAAAGACAAGGGCAAGCGUCCAGCGAAUAUGAAUGCAUGGUCGGCCAAGUGUGGUGGUGUUUGUUCGACAACGACGACGAUGGCCUCGAAAAGUAGUACUAGCCUCAACCCUGGAAGUGUUAGUAGUAGUGGUCAGUUGGCUGGUCCGACUCGUGAGCGCGGAAAGAUUGAGACGGAUCCGAGCAAGGUGCGGUGGCCUUUGAUUGGGGUUAGGCGUUGA